AUGCCUCUCAAUCCCUCCCCACGCGACAGGCCAGACCCGAUCGAUGCGAAUCCCGAGAAUCUCAAAGACGCGGCUAUUCUAGGCGGAAUGUACGUUGCCAACAAACUGAUAGAACAGCCUGCACCGGAAAUCACGGUCAACAGCUUAAAGGACGAUAACCCGAACCCAUCUCCUUCGCCCACGUCACCUAAGCCAAUGAGACAAGCACUGGGCGUCCCAGCAGAUGAGGUGGAUCCAGUGAGUGAGGACGGGGUGUUUGACCAGAGGAGUGUGCCGUCAAGCCCGGUGCCUGGGGCAAGUGCGGGGGUCAGGGUUGCCAUGGAAACGGCCACGAAGUAUACCGAGUCUGGUGCGGCCGUGGGCGAGGGGGAUAAGGGUAUAGCUAGUAAGCCGAGCGAUGGCAACCAAGUAUCACAAGCCGAUCGCACAGUACCGCUAACGAAGGGUCGGGGUAGUCCCAAUAAAGAUUUCACUGACCCUGCUUCUAAUGAUAGCUUACUGGAUGGUCAUGCACACUAUCCCGAUCGGAAAUUAUCAGGCUCGCGCUUGUUAACCACCGAGCCAGUCCCCAGAUCGACAGACAUCCGCCCAAGUGCUUUCCGAGUGGACUUUGUCCUGCAGGAAUCGGGUAUAGAAGAGGUCUCCACCAGUGCUAUAACCGCCCUCAAAGCCCACAGUGAAUACUGGACAUCGCUGGAUACGGCCUUUGUGGUACUAUCGCAGAUGAUCAAGAAAAGGUAA